AAGUGAGUUGGGAGUCCUGGAACCGGUUACUCGUUGCAAGAAGGAGCUCAUUUUCCUGGGAGGGUUUCCGUUUGGGAAAGCAGUUCUUUGUCUAUGCAAGGCUAGUUACUGAUACCAGCAUUUCCUGCUAUCUACUGGUCGAUCUCCGAUCGGAAUUUUGUAGGUGAGAUGAGAUGGCAUCUUCACAACCCUCACAUAAUGUUGAAUUUGAGGCUGCAAAGUUUCUGCAGAAACUUAUUCAAGAUUCUAAAGAUGAGCCAGCAAAAUUGGCUACUAAACUCUACGUGAUAUUGCAACACAUGAAAGCAAGUGGGAAGGAGCAUUCAAUGCCAUAUCAAGUCAUAUCAAGGGCCAUGGAGACUGUUAUCAACCAACAUGGUCUUGAUAUUGAGGCAUUGAUGUCAUCCCGCCUUCCUUUGACAAGCGGAUCUCAAAUGGGGGAUUCUGCAGGAUCUUCACAUGCAGUUGGAGUCGCAAAAGAUUCUAAAGUGGGUUUGGCUGAAAAUGAAAUAUCCAAAAUUGACCCAUUUGCUUCUACCAGGCCACCUGUUGGCCCAAGUGGUGCAGGAGCAGGACAUGAUUAUUAUCAAGGAUCCGGAACUCACAGGAGCAGUCAGUCUUUUGAUCAUGAAAGUCCUUCUAGUUUGGACACUAGAUCUGCCAACUCUCAAUCCCAAGAAAGAGGGGUGAAUCAAAAGGAUGGAAAAAAAUCUGCUGCUAAGAGGAAGAGGGGUGAUUCGUCCUUCCCCUCAGAACCACACAUUGACAAUCAACCACAACUUGAUUCUCGUAAUGCUGUAGUUAACCAGCGGAAGGCCAAAACAAAUAAGAUUGACUCACCAGGAGGUUUUUCAGCUAGGGGUGGUGAAAAUACUGGCCAGUUGGAACUUUCCACUUCUCAUGUAUCCACAGGGCAACAACAAGGUGCUUCCUUACCAUCUGCUCAUGAAACUCUUUCUUCCAGAAGUGCGUGGAAUCAAAAUAAAACAGGGUUGCCCCUUGAAAGAUCUCAAGUACCCAGGUUUUCUUCUAAUUCUAUGCCUGGUAAUAUGACGUCGGAAAUUUCAGUGCAGCAGUCAAUGACUUCUGGUCCUGUUAGCAAGGUUCAUGGAGGGAUGCAUGUCACUUCUAGUUCUUACCCAAUAGGGGAGCUAGGGUUUUCAGGUCAAGUCCACUUCAGUGGUUCUGAACUUCAGAAGCAUGGACUAGCUAAAGCUUCUGUAACAGCAAGUCCUUCUGAGAAAGCCAUAGAAGCCCACUUUUCCCCUGCCAACCGGGUGGAGGAGUUGCCAGCAUCACUUUCCACUGCAAGGGUUUUGGAAAAUGAUGGGGGGAGUUCAAAUAUGUUUGGGGAUGUAAACAAGAUUAUUCAGAGCGGCAGGCAAAACAAUAUUUCUGAGAUGACAAUGGUUAGACCAGCAGCUCCAAGAGAUGUGGGAAAAUCUCCUGUUUCUCAGUCUAGCAAUCCUUUCAGGGAUCAACAACUGAAACAGCUCAGGGCCCAAUGCCUUGUCUUUUUAGCAUUCAGAAAUGGUUUGGUGCCAAAGAAACUGCAUCUUGAAUUAGCACUUGGAAAUAUCUUUCCUAAAGAUGGUGGUAAUUCAGAUGGCCUUCGCAAAGAGCUGGUUGAUCAUAAAGGAAAAGCACAAUCUUCUCAUGAGCCAACUAGCAUCCCUGAAGCUUCAAUGCCAUCUGGUGGGUUGAAUAAUACAAAGGAAAGUGAGGGAGUUCCUCCAGGUGCCUCUUCCACCGGUAGAUUCUUGGAUGGCAACUCCUCUAAAGAAGUUGACAAAGUGAAAAUGAUGGAAGACAAAAGUGUUCCACCUUCAGACUUCUCAGGACAUGCUGAAGAAAGGAAACAUCCUUUUGCUACUAGAAAACUGGAGGGUGAAGUGCAGAGCCAGGAAAGGGUGGAAUCACAGGCAUUGUUCAAUGCUGUGAAUGUGAUGCAGCCAGUUGAUUCAGAAAGGGCUCCUGUAGCCUCUCGUAACCCUGUGGACAGUACAGAGAAUGGCAAUCUGCAAGUAGGAAGGGCUGACCUGUCUUCAUCUCUAAUGAGCAUAAAUAGACAAGUGAACCCUGAGGCAGUCAGCUGGACUGGAAUAGGCAGUCAUAAUGAAGUUCCUCGGGGAUCCUUAGGUUCCAUUGCUGUUCAACAUGAAUUGGUGCCUGAUCGAAAAGAUAAUGGUCCUAAUCAUUUUCAAAGUCUUGGGAACAGUAGUGUUUCAGAACAAGAUGAUGAAGACAAGUCAGCUUCUACAGAUUCACCACCUUCUCCAAAGUAUACCAUGUCAGAGAAAUGGAUCAUGGAUCAGCAGAAGAAGAAACUUUUAGCUGAGCAAAAUUGGGCUCUAAAACAGCAAAACACAAGACAAAGAAUGACAUCUUGUUUUAACAAAUUAAAGGAAACAGUGAAUUCAUCUGAAGAUAUAUCUGCAAAAACCAAAAGUGUCAUAGAAUUGAAAAAGCUUCAGUUGUUGGGGCUCCAACGCCGUUUAAGGAGUGAUUUUCUGAGUGAUUUUUUUAAGCCAAUCACUGCGGACAUGGAUCGCUUGAAAUCAUAUAAGAAGCAUAAACAUGGUAGAAGGAUAAAACAACUUGAAAAAUUUGAGCUGAAAAUGAAGGAAGAAAGGCAAAAGAGGAUUCGUGAGAGGCAGAAGGAAUUCUUUGCUGAGAUAGAAGUUCACAAGGAAAGACUGGAUGAUGUAUUUAAGAUUAAGAGAGAACGGUGGAAGGGUUUCAAUAAGUAUGUGAAGGAGUUCCAUAAAAGGAAGGAGCGCAUCCAUCGGGAGAAGAUCGACAGAAUUCAGCGUGAGAAGAUUAAUUUGUUAAAGAUUAAUGAUGUAGAGGGCUAUCUGCGAAUGGUUCAGGAUGCAAAAUCAGAUCGUGUAAAGCAACUACUGAAAGAGACUGAGAAAUAUCUUCAAAAGCUGGGAUCCAAAUUACAAGAAGCAAGGCCUAUGGCUAGGCACUUCGAAAAUGAUAUGGAUGAAGCCCGGACUGCGAACAUUGUGGAAAAAAAUGAAACUGCUUUUGAGAAUGAGGAUGAAAGCGACCAAGCAAAGCAUUACAUGGAAAGCAAUGAGAAGUACUAUAUGAUGGCUCAUAGCAUAAAAGAGAGCAUUACGGAGCAGCCGGCUUCUCUCCGGGGAGGAAAACUAAGGGAGUACCAGAUGAAUGGAUUGAGGUGGUUGGUUUCGUUAUACAAUAAUCAUUUGAACGGCAUUCUGGCUGAUGAAAUGGGCCUUGGAAAAACUGUUCAGGUUAUAUCACUUAUUUGUUACCUGAUGGAAACCAAAAAUGAUAGAGGUCCUUUCUUGGUAGUUGUACCUUCUUCAGUUUUACCAGGAUGGGAGUCGGAAAUUACUUUCUGGGCGCCAGGUGUACAUAAAAUUGUUUAUUCUGGGCCUCCUGAGGAGAGGCGUAGGCUGUUCAAGGAACAAAUUGUGCAUCAGAAAUUCAACGUCCUUCUAACAACAUACGAGUAUCUGAUGAACAAGCAUGACAGACCAAAAUUAAGUAAAAUACACUGGCAUUACAUUAUAAUUGAUGAAGGUCAUCGCAUAAAGAAUGCUUCUUGCAAGUUGAAUGCCGACCUGAAACAUUAUCAGAGUGCACACAGAUUGCUAUUAACUGGAACACCACUACAGAAUAAUCUCGAGGAAUUGUGGGCACUACUUAACUUUCUUUUGCCUAACAUUUUUAAUUCAUCAGAGGAUUUUUCUCAGUGGUUCAACAAACCAUUUCAGAGUAAUGGUGAUAAUUCAGCUGAUGAAGCUUUACUAUCUGAAGAGGAGAAUUUGUUGAUAAUAAAUCGUCUUCAUCAAGUCCUUCGGCCAUUUGUACUUCGGAGACUGAAACAUAAGGUUGAGAAUGAACUGCCAGAAAAGAUAGAGAGACUUAUAAGGUGUGAUGCUUCUGCAUAUCAGAAGCUUUUAAUGAAGAGGGUCGAAGAAAAUCUUGGUUCUAUAGGAAACUCAAAGGCUCGUUCUGUCCACAACUCAGUUAUGGAACUUCGUAAUAUCUGCAACCAUCCAUAUCUUAGCCAGCUUCAUGUGGAUGAGGUUGAUAAUUUGAUACCCAAGCAUUUUCUACCACCAAUUGUUAGACUCUGUGGAAAGCUCGAGAUGCUAGAUAGGUUACUGCCCAAACUGAAAGCAACUGACCAUAGGGUUCUUUUCUUUUCGACAAUGACUAGGCUGCUUGAUGUAAUGGAGGAGUAUCUCACAAUGAAAAAGUAUCGGUAUCUCCGCUUGGAUGGUCAUACUUCAGGGAAUGAUCGCGGUGCCCUUAUAGACCAAUUUAACCAAACAGAUUCUCCGUAUUUUAUAUUUCUGCUUAGCAUUCGUGCCGGUGGUGUUGGAGUAAAUCUGCAAGCUGCUGAUACUGUGAUCAUAUUUGAUACUGACUGGAACCCGCAGGUGGAUCUUCAAGCACAAGCAAGGGCCCAUAGGAUUGGUCAGAAGAGGGAUGUGCUUGUUCUUCGAUUUGAAACCGUGCAAACCGUCGAAGAACAAGUAAGAGCUUCAGCCGAGCAUAAAUUGGGAGUUGCUAAUCAGAGUAUCACUGCUGGUUUCUUUGACAAUAAUACAAGUGCAGAAGACCGUAGGGAAUACUUGGAAUCGCUUCUACGGGAGUGUAAGAAAGAGGAAGCUGCCCCGGUAUUGGAUGAUGAUGCUUUAAAUGAUAUAUUAGCCCGCAGUGAGUCGGAGAUUGAUGUGUUUGAAUCAGUUGACAAACAGAGGCUGGAAGAAGAGAAGGCAACAUGGAAGAGUUUACUACUGGGACAGGGGCGGGAUGUUACUGAGCCUUUGCCUCCCCUGCCUUCUCGCCUUGUCACAGAUGAUGACCUGAAAGCAUUCUAUGAAGUGAUGAAGUUGUAUGACGUACCAAAGGCUGAGGAAGUAUCUAAUGUCGGGGUGAAGCGGAAGGGGCAGAAGCUUGGGGGCCUUGAUACCCAGCGAUAUGGAAGGGGAAAGCGCGCAAGAGAGGUGCGCUCUUAUGAAGAACAAUGGACGGAAGAGGAAUUUGAGAAGAUGUGUCAAGUUGAUUCCCCUGAAUCCCCUAGAGUGAAGGAAGAAAUAAUAGAAAGGAACAUGCCAAAGGAUGCUAGUGUGCCCUCAGUGGCUAUUAAUAACCCGGAAGCUCAGGCCUUACUCCCAUCACUCCCUCCGCCACAGUCUAUGGAGCCUCCACUGCUGCAACAAAGCAAAGAGGUAACUCCACCAUCAAAGCGGGGACGUGGAAGGCCAAGAAGAACAAUUUCAGAUAAAUCUCCAACUGCCAUGGCACUUCCAGCAACUUCUGGAAAUGGAAAAGUGGAUGUGGGAUUGCAGAAAGGGAUUGAGUCUAUCUCAAUAAAACCCUUUGCUUCUAAUACUUCAACUGAUUCUUCUAAUUUAGGGGGAAUUAGUGGAAUGACAUCUCAGUCUGCUAUAGGGAUUAGCCCUAGUCCCCAGCCUAUAACCCCUUCAGUUUCUGUUAUUCCCAGUUCACAAUCUACUGCUUCUGCACCUGUCACAGCUGGCUCGCAAUCUAUUUCUGCUGCUGUUGUCACGGCUAGCUCACAUUCUAUUUCUGCUGCUGCUGUUGUCACACCUAGCUUGCAAUCUAUUCCUGAUACUCCUGGCUCAGAGUCUAUUCCUGCUACUGUUGUCACACCUGGCUCACAAUCUAUUCCUGCUGCUUUUGUUGCCCCUGUGUCACAACCUAUUCCUGCUGCCUUUGUCGCCCCUGAGUCACAAGCUAAUCCUGCUGAUCCUUCUGUUGUGCAUAUCCAAUCAAGAGGACGAGGUCGGAAGGUUCAGAGUGGAGUACAGGCACCACGACGCAGGGGAAAGAAACAGGGGCCAAUACUGUCUGCUCCUGGGAAUUUAGCUGCUCUUGAUCCAAGUGCCAAUGAACAAUCACAAAAUACAUCUGUUAAUCCAUUGGUUAGUGCUACAAGUGGAACAAUUUCUAGCGCCCCUGUUGGUCAUAGUAAUAUACCCAUCUCUGCUGCUGUAGAAGUUAUUAGUGGACCCGCUCAUCAUUCUGUUCCUGGGAUUGCUUUGGAUUCGAAGUCAACUCCUCCCUUAUCUUCUGUCACUUCAGCGGCUGAAUGCCCCCCUUCUGGCCCUUCAGCUCCUUUGCAACUGAAAGGGCUAAGUAGCAACAACACACAAACUGGAGCAGGAACACCCCGUCGUAGAGGGAGGAAACAAGCACCAUUAUCGGCUGCUAUUUCAGAUGCUUUUGUCAGUCAGAUUUCUAUGUCAGAACCAGUUUCACAGAAUAAAUCUGAGGAAUCAGGAAGUAAAGCCAUUGUUCUGACAAGCAACCAAAAGAACUAUGAUUGUGAACUGAGAGAUGUAAACCAGGAGCAAGCAUCCAGAACAGCUGGUCAGGAUCAAAAAUCUACUGAGCAUUUGUAUGACACAACCCAAAAUCAGCAGCCAGUCUGCUCAUCAAAAUUAAAUGAUGGUGUUGCCAGACCCAUGGGCACAUCUCCUGGACAAGGCUCUGAUAUGCAUGAUGUGGCUACUGUUACAAAGGAGUUAUCAGCUGAAAAUAUCCUUGCAAAAGCUAAUUUUGGUGAUCAAGGUAAUGAUGGUGGGGUUGCCCAAAAUGUGUCUGUAUCAAGUAAAACCUUGAUGGACGGGGCUUGCGAGAGUUCUGAGGUCAAAGUAUCUCCAGUUAUUGGCUGUCCGGCAGAGUCAUCACCCAGUUCUGUUGUUGUAGAAGCUAUGGGCAAAUCUACUCAUCAGGUUGCUGUUAAGAUUGCUUCUGAUUCUCAGCCAACUGCUUCUUAUCCUUCUCUCACUCCAGCCUCCCAAUCUAUCCCACCCGAACCCAUGCAAGUUAAAAGGCAAGGUCGAAAGGCUCCAAAUAGAGCAGAAACACCUAGGCGUAGGGGAAGAAAACAGGGUCCAGUUUCACCUCCUACUGAUGGUUUGGUUGUUCAGGAUCAGAAAAUGAGUCCACAAUCACAGAAUAAAUCCAGAGAUUCAUCAGGGAGUAAGGUGAUGAAUUUGAGAACUAAACAAGAGAGUGAUCUUAACGAUCCUGCAAAUGUUCCUCAGGAGGCAUAUUUGUCCAGCGGUUUGGUUGGCCAAGAUCCAAAAAGAAAAGAGGCUAGUGGAAUUCCUGCUUUUGGCCGAAUUCAAACUGAUGCUGUUACUGAUGUUGCUCGUGUGAUGAAGGAGAUUUUCUCUGAGACUUGCUCAUCAAAAAAUAAAUUGGGGGAAUCUUCUAAGGGUGAAUUUAAAAAUGCCCCAAUAAUAGCUGUAGUAAGCAAGAGUGUUGUGGAGGUUCCAAAAAGCCAGAGCUCAGAGGAGAAAAUCCCUUCAACUGUGCCAACUCUAGUUACAGAAGCUAAAGUUGUGGGAACUUCAAUUGACAGUUGCAGGCAGUCUGGCCUUGGAGUUGGAGUCAUCGUGGAAAAGGCCCAUGCACCUGCUUCAGGUGUCAAUAUGGAGGUCACAAGUACAGUUGCAGUUAGCAUUGGUGAAAAAGAGAUUAUUCCUUCCUGUAGACCUGCUGUGCAUAAACUCCCUGGUCCUAGUCCAGCGUCUUCUGGGAAUGAGGUUGAUUCAACACUUGCAUGUCAAGGCCCAGAAGAGCCUUCAGGGAUGACCCAGGAUGGAUCAGGCAAUGAAACAGUCCCGUCUUCAGAAGAGCUCACAAAAUCUUCCCCCCUUGAUGGUAGCAGCCUUGAGCAUCCAAAGGUUUCUGUGGGGGCUGCUGAUGCUGGAAAAUCCCCCAUGGCAACUCUUCCAAUGGGGCCUUUUGAUCACAAUUUAAUAAAGAAAACAGAGGUUUCUGCAAAAGCAUCACCUCUGCACGGCAUAGAGCGCCCCACAAUUUCUUCAGAUCCUGAUUGUGUCAGUUCUGCUUCUGGUUUGAGCACACAAAUGAUUUCUAGUCCUCGUGCAGAUUCUGUUCCUGGAAGCAUUCCUAUUCUGUCCAAGGCUCCUUCUGGAAGCAUUAUCGAGCCUUCUGCACAAGAGUCACCAGAUGCCAGAAGCAUUCAGGGCUCAACAAGUUGUGUAAAGUCUAGUGGUGUUGGUGGUCAUCAUACAGAGUCUGCUUCAAUUUCAGUGAAUUCCUGUAGUCCACGCAAUGUGAAAUCAUCUGACACAACUUCAAUUGAUCCUAAAGAUGAAAUACGUCUUUCUUUAGAAGAGUCUCCAGCACUUCGUGCUCAGCCUUCUUCUAAAGAACCUCCAGCAGAUAAAGCUGCAGUUUUCAUAGGUGAAACUGCUGUUGAAUGUCCAGAAGCUUCUGAAAAGACCAACAAUCUUGGAGCUGUUCUCCUGCAUGGUGUUGUUACUGCUUGUCGUACUACUGAUACUUUUGGCAAGGCUUUCUCUGACCAUGAGAAAUCUGAAGAUAAAUCCAGCCAUAUUGAAGAUAAAGGGGAUCCCUUGUCAGAACCUUUGCAGCCAGUUUCUUCCGAGUGUAUUGAGGGAGAUCAUGUAGAUAUUAUUACAGAAGAUCAUGAGCCGGCUGUUAGAAAUAGUGAGGAAGAUCGUGUUGACGUUUGCAGUAUGGAAAUAGACCCCUCAGAAAUACAAGAGCUGCCUCCAGAAGAUUUUGUUUCUACAUCUUCCAAUGUACAGAAUAUUUCAGAAGGCACUAGUGGAAUGCAACUGCCUCUUGGAGGCACGGGGGGUGAUCACCUUGAGGUUAACGAUGUGGAAGAACAAAUAUCUUUGCCGGAAUCUGCUGUUUCUUUUUCUGCAAAUGCAGGGAAAGAUAAUAGUGGAGCUGAGGUAAAGCCAGAGGUUGGAAGAAGUAAGGGUGAAUGUAUUGCUGGUAGCAACGCUGAAGCAAUCCUGUCUGAAGCACUUGCAUCAUUGCCAAAUGAUGUGUCUGCCAAAUCUAAUGAUACAGAGGAUGUUCAUCAUAUGGAGGCUUUGCAGUUGGACGGGGUUGAACUGCAAACUAUUUCCAAAAAUAUUCCUCCAACUUCCCCGGUGGCAGAGGAAGGGAAAUUUGAUGAUAUAUGUGAGAGGGGUCUAGUUGGUUGCUCCCUAGCACAGGGGGAAACACAAGGAUCUGAAGCAGGAAUGGCUAAUCAGGCGGAUGCCUCUGAAGUUGGUAUGAUUUUGCCCCAAGAUUUAUCAGAAAACAUGGUCUUAUCUUCAUCUCAAUUGACAAUAGAGGAAGAAAAGAAGGGUUCCUCUGAGCGGGUUUUAUCUGGCAGCCCAAUAACACCAGAAGAAUCAAAAAGAUCUGAAACUGAGAUUAUCCAUCAAAUGGAUGUAUCCAGUGAUAUUGUUUUGCCUCUGAUUUCAACACCAAAUGUGGUUUUACCUUCAGCUUCCUUGGCUAGAGAAGAGCAAAAGACGAAGAGUGCAUCUGAGAAGGGUCUGGUUCACAGCCCAGUACUAGAAGAAGCAAAAGGAACUGAAGCUGAAAAUUGUUAUCGGAUGGGUGAGUCUGAGGUUGCUUCAACUGUGCCUGAAUGUACAUCGGAAAACUUGAAUGUGCCGUCAUGUCCUUUAGCAAUGGAGGAAGACAAGGCUGAUGACUCUUCUGAAAGGGGUCUGUUUUGCAGCUUAGUAGUACCAGCAGAAUCAAAAGGAUCUGAAUUUGAAAAGAACAAUGAAAAUGAUGUUGCUGAGGUUGGCGAUGUUGUGCCUGAAAUUAUAUCAGCAAAUAUGGUUUUGUCUUCAUUUUCCCAUGCACUUGAGGAUGGCAAAAUUGAAGGCUCAUCUGGGAUGAACAAAAGUUGCAGCCCAGAAGAUGACAAAUGCAAGGGCUUAUCUGAGAUGAACAGAAGUAGCGGCCUAGCAGCAGAGGAACCAAAAGGAUCUGAAAAUGAGAAGAGUAGUGCCCUGGAGGAUGACAAAUGCAAAGGCAUAUCUGAGAUGAAAACAAGUAGCAGCUUGGCAGGAGAGGAGCCAAAAGGAUCUGAAAAUGAGAAGAGUAGUGCCCUGGAGGAUGACAAAUGCAAAGGCAUAUCUGAGAUGAAAAUAAGUAGCAGCUUGGCAGGAGAGGAGCCAAAAGGAUCUGAAACAGAGAAAAGCAAUGCUGUGGAGGAUGACACAAGUAAAAGCUUAGAUGAGAUGAGUAGAAGUGGCAACUCAGCAACAGAGGAAACAGAAGUAUUGAAAAAUGAGAAAAGCAAAGGGAUGAUUGUAUCUCAGGUUGUUGGUAUUGUGCCUGAAACUACUUUAGAUAGUGAUGGUCAGCCUAUAUCUUUGUCAGUGAUGGAGGAUGAAAAAAUUGAGGGUGUUAGUGAUGGUCAGCCCACAUCUUUGUCAGUGAUGGAGGGUGAAAAAAUUGAGGGUGCUUCUGAGAAGAGCAGUCAUGCCAUCUUGGUGAGAGUGGGUGAUUCAAAGUCUGAAAUAGAAGAUAAUCAACCAAUGGCUGAAUCUCAGGUUGAUAUGAUAGAGCCUGAAGAUUCUCAGGCUGGUAAUGUUGUGCUCGAUGAUAAAUCUGGAAAUGUUAACCUAUCUACAUCAUCUUCCUCAGUGAUGCAUGAAGAGAAUUUUGAGGAUUCUCUGUGCAAGGUUCUAGGGGAAUCAAAAAUGUCUGAAACUGAAAUAGAUGGGCAUGGUGGGAUGGCUGAAAACUUAGACCUACGAUCUUCUCUAGCGACAGAGGGGGAAACGGUAAAUGUCUCAUCUGAAACGGUAAAUGUCUCAUCUGAAAAGGGUACAGUCGACAGCUUAAUAGCAUCCAUGGAUUCUGAAGGGUCUAAAAUUGAAGUGGGUGAUCAAGUAUCUCGUUCUGAGGCUGGUGGAAUCGUGCCAGAGAAAUUAUCUGCGGAUAUAGGCUCACCUUCAUCUUCUCUAGUGAUACAAGAUGAAAAGACUGACUCCUCUGGAAAAGAUACUGUUGGCGCCUCAGUAGCUGGGGAGAAAUCACAAGAAUCUUUAGCUGAGUAAGUUCUAUGAACUAAGAAAUUUGUUGUACAGUUGUAUUGUAAUUUACUAAUAGUAUGAGCUGAUUGUCAAGGGGUUAAGUUGACAUAUUUAGUCAUCAAGUGUUGCAGUUCCCUGUAUAACUAGUUUAAUUGCGUGGGUUAUAGAGUUGCUGUAUUCAAAUUAUCUAAA